GAAGCUCUAUCGCCGGUUUUUUUGAGCCAUGCUUUUGACAUUCAAUGAUGAGAGUUUCCGGUAGUGGGUGUAACCGUAUCGGUUGAACCAAGGAAGAACAAGAGAACCAAAAAAAAACGUUCAUUAAAAUUCCCUUGAUCAGGAAUGACGAUCCUCGACAGCUGUCGUGGCUCAUAGGAGUUAUCGCGAUUUUUUUGGUAAACUUAAACGUAGUUUGAACUAGAGUUUGAUAGGAAUUUUCAAAUUUUUUCUCCCAUCCUCCCCUCUAUUCACCACUGCGAAGUACGAAGCAUAACACAGUGGUUUAAACGCGCCGCAAAAAAAGUUUUGGAAGUUUACCAACGAUCGAGAUGGGAAUUUAAGAGCAUCGAAGAAUAUCCAGUAUACGUAUAUGUGUAUAUGUAUAUCAUAGCUUUACCAAUUUUUCUGCGGACCAAUACCUACUGUGAUACCAAAAUUAUUGAAUCAACGUCGUUCAAGUCUACCGAACAUUGGAAAAAAGUGGGAUCAAGAUCUGACGGUUAAAUAUACGACUCGAACGAGCCGGAUGAACGAUCCGAAUUGCUGAAUUUUGCACAUUUGAUUCUGACAAAUUGACACCAUCUGAGAAUUCAAAUAUAAAAUAGCCGUCUGAAGAGAAGACGAGCGUUGCGAGAGAAAAAAAUGUCGACAAAUGAGACCUGCAGGUAAGCAGUAAAGGAUCCAAAGUGCUCGCCCGCAGCAUGCGUGAGCUCAAAAUGAGCACGAUGCAACUGUGCGUCGAAACAGAUGGUACGAAUAUUCCAGUGAAACGUAGUUCCGAACACCAAAUUUAGACUGACAAAAAAUCGGUACCAUCAUCGUUAACCGUUCGCUGCCAAAGGUCACUGAGAUGGUACAUCGCGUUGUCUGACAGUUCGAUUAUUCCACGGUCGCAAUAUCGUACGUGAAAAGGUUUAGUCCGAUUUCGAAUUUCGCGAAAAUAAAAUGAAGCACGUGUUCGGUCUACUUUUAUUUUCACUCGGUGCCGUCGCCCUCGGUACGACGAGGGACAGUAGUGUGGUCAGGGCAGGAAGUGGAAUAAAAAUUGGGACCGGCGACAGAGGGGCAACGAGAGGUGGAAAUUCGGGAACUGGUAGGGUCGGCUCAGGUGUUAGAAUCGGCGACGCCAGAGUUUUCAACGGAUCUGCAAGACAACGGACCAUCCAACCAACCCCAACUACUCCGGCUCCCAUGCUGUUCACUUCACCACCGGCCGCAGCCAGUCCGAUCGUUUCGAACAACAUAACGUACUUGAAAGUGGGGAUGGUCGUGCCUUACAAGUCCUUCGGGGUGAGGGAAUACACAAAGGCGAUGACGACGGCUUUGAAUACGCUACAAAAAAGCACAAGAGGACCACGACUGGGGCUUUUUCAGCGUUACGACAUCCACGUUAGAAUCGCAAUGAAGGAGUUAACGCCAAGUCCGACGACCAUAUUGCAGUCGUUGUGCCAGGAUUUUCUUUCCGUUAACGUAUCAGCCAUCCUUUACCUCAUGAAUUACGAACAAUACGGGCGGAGCACAGCAAGUGCUCAGUAUUUUCUGCAGUUGGCGGGUUAUCUCGGGAUCCCCGUGAUUGCUUGGAAUGCUGACAACUCUGGCCUUGAAAGGAGGGCCUCUCAAAGCAGUCUGCAGCUCCAGCUUGCCCCGUCGUUGGAGCAUCAAACCGCAGCGAUGUUGAGCAUUUUGGAACGGUACAAAUGGCACCAAUUCAGCGUUGUGACUUCGCAGAUAGCCGGGCAUGACGACUUCAUUCAAGCAGUCAGAGAACGUAUUUCCGACAUGCAGGACACAUUCAAGUUCACCAUACUGAACGCCGUGCUAGUCACGAAACCUGAGGACUUAUCAGAACUUGUCAAUAGCGAGUCCAGAGUGAUGCUUCUCUAUUCCACACGGGAGGAGGCGAUAGAAAUAUUGAAAAAUGCGAAGAAUCGUAAAAUCACCGGGGAAAAUUACGUCUGGGUGGUUACUCAAAGUGUCAUUGAAAACUUACAGACAUCGUCCCAUUUUCCAGUCGGCAUGCUCGGGGUCCACUUUGACACCAGCAGCGCAAGCUUGGUCAACGAAAUAACGACGGCUAUAAAAGUGUACGCCUAUGGCGUUGAAGAUUUCGUCAACGACCCGGCAAACGCCAAUAGAAGUCUCAACACACAUUUGAGCUGCGAAGGGAACGGAGACUCCAGAUGGAACACCGGUGAUAAUUUUUUCAGGUAUUUGAAGAACGUCUCCGUUGAAGGGGACCAGGGUAAACCGAACGUGGAGUUUACUCAGGAUGGAGUGCUGAAAGCAGCGGAAUUGAAGAUCAUGAAUCUCCGACCGGGAGUCAACGAGCAGCAGCCAAUUUGGGAAGAGAUCGGCGUUUGGAAAUCCUGGCAGAAGGAGGGGCUGGAUAUCAAGGAUAUCGUGUGGCCGGGUGGAUCUCAUACUCCACCUCAAGGAGUGCCGGAGAAAUUUCAUCUGAAGAUUACAUUUUUAGAAGAACCACCUUACAUAAAUUUAGCAUCACCCGACCCGAUCACCGGCAAAUGUUUGAUGGACAGAGGUGUUUUGUGCAGAGUCGCCAAGGAGUCUGAUAUGAUUGGUAUCGAUCUUAUGGAGGCUCAUAGAAACGAAAGCUUUUUCCAAUGCUGCAGUGGCUUCUGCAUCGAUUUACUUGAAAAAUUUUCCGAAGAACUGGGUUUUAUCUACGAACUCGUCAGGGUAGAAGAUGGAAGAUGGGGUACUCUGGAGAAUGGUAAAUGGAACGGACUAAUUGCUGAUCUGGUGAACAGAAAGACCGACAUGGUGAUGACGUCUCUAAUGAUAAACUCGGAGCGGGAGGCUGUCGUUGAUUUUACAGUACCGUACAUGGAAACUGGUAUCGCAAUUGUGGUAGCCAAAAGAACUGGGAUCAUAUCGCCGACGGCAUUUUUAGAACCAUUCGACACUGCUUCCUGGAUGCUGGUGGGCUUGGUUGCCAUUCAUGCCGCAACAUUGAUGAUAUUUUUAUUCGAAUGGCUUUCACCCUCUGGUUUUGAUAUGAAGGUAAACCCUUCCAGCGCUCCGCAAAAACUGUUGUCCGUGUCACAGUUGAAUCCGUCGCCGAAUCAUCGCUUCUCGUUAUUUCGGACUUACUGGUUGGUUUGGGCUGUACUUUUUCAAGCUGCAGUCCACGUCGAUUCGCCCAGAGGAUUUACCGCCAGGUUUAUGACCAAUGUUUGGGCCAUGUUCGCUGUCGUGUUUCUCGCCAUAUACACCGCCAACUUGGCAGCUUUCAUGAUCACGAGAGAAGAGUUUCACGAGUUCAGCGGUGUCGACGAUCAUCGUUUGGCUAAACCGUUUUCCCACAAGCCAAUGUUCAAGUUUGGUACAAUACCUUGGAGCCACACCGACAGUACCAUCGCCAAAUACUUCAGGGAAAUGCACGCCUAUAUGAGGACUUUCAAUAAAACAACCGUGUCGGAAGGCAUAGAGUCCGUCAUCAGCGGAGACAUGGAUGCUUUCAUCUACGACGGGACGGUAUUGGACUAUCUCGUUGCACAGGACGAGGACUGCAGACUCCUUACCGUAGGUUCGUGGUACGCUAUGACUGGUUAUGGAUUAGCCUUCUCCAGGAAUUCAAAAUACGUCCAGAUGUUCAACAAACGGCUAUUAGACUUCAGAGAAAACGGUGACUUGGAAAGGUUGAGAAGAUAUUGGAUGACUGGAACAUGUAAGCCUGGAAAGGAAGUUCAGAAGAGCAGCGAUCCUCUGGCCUUGGAACAAUUUUUAAGUGCUUUUCUUCUCCUGAUGUGCGGAAUUUUAUUAGCAGCGGUAUUGCUGCUCUUGGAGCACCUGUAUUUUAAAUAUGUCAGACACCAUUUGGCUAAAAGUGACAGAGGGGGAUGCUGCGCUCUCGUCAGUCUGAGCAUGGGAAAGUCCUUGACGUUCCGGGGCGCGGUUUACGAGGCUCAGGAUAUUCUGAGGCAUCAUCGUUGUCGCGAUCCAAUUUGCGACACUCAUCUUUGGAAAGUGAAGCACGAAUUGGAUAUGGCAAGAAUCCGGAUAAGGCAGUUGGAAAAGGAUCUCGAAGCUCAUGGAAUCAAGCCCUCGCAAGCCAAGAGGAAAGCGGGAAAACUUGGCUGGUGGAGAGGAUGCCUUCCGAGAACGGACGACUCCCACCCCCACCCUCCAUUUGCGGUGGAAGCCCCCCACCCACUACCCCCGUACUUCGAUUCAUUCGUUGACGCCGUGGAAGUAGCGCGGCCGAGAGAUAUGACAAGGAAUCACGUAGCGAGUACGGAAUAUGCAGAGAGAUUUUUUCCGACGGAAAUUUAUAGGAUUUCCGAAGACAGAACAGCGAGGACUGAAAUAGCAGAAAUGGAAACAGUUCUGUGAUGUUAAAACACAAAA